GGUAUUCUGAAAGUGAAACCCAAGAACCUCAUACAUAUCCUGGUUUUACUGAUAUAAGUGGUGAACAAAAAAUAAGUAAAGAAAUGAAACGAUUUAGCGAAAUUGUGAAUAUAAAGAGAAUUGAAUUUAUUAAAGCUAAACUAAUUAACAAAACAGCAUUGGAGAUUUGGCAUCCAAUAUCUAUAACAUGUGAAGAGGCAGAUUUUCAAAAAACUAAAAGCUCUUUAACAAAAUUGCAACUUUCAUCUAUUAUUAACUCUUUAAUUCCUUCUUUAGGUGAUUUUGAUCGUUCGCAUUUUCGAGGUUUAUUGAGUAAAUCUCAUAACGAUUUAAUAAAUAUUCUUCGAGAGAUUAGAAGUGUAGUAGCCGAAAAUA